UCACGUGACAGCGGCCCGGAAGCGCGGCGCCCACGUGGGCGGAGGAUGCCGGAGCCGGAGCUGCGCGUGAACGCGGCCUUCGCGGCGCGCUACGGGCGGUACCGGCGGCGCGAGGAGCUGCAGCGGCUGCAGGACCGUUAUGGCGAUGACGGCGGCGAUGGCAGCAGCGACUCCAGCUCCGAGUCGGACUCCAGCAGCGGGGACGACGUGGAGCCGGACCCGCGGCUGGAGCGGGAUUUCUACCGCACGCUGGCGCUGCUGAAGACCCGGGACCCCCGCAUCUACCGGCCGGACACCACCUUCUACAGCCGGGAUGGCUCCCCCGCGGAGGGCGAUGCCGGGCGGCGGGAGCGCCCGGAGAGGCCGAUGUACCUGCGGGACUACGAGCGGACGGUGAUGCUGGAGAAGGAGGGCAAGUACGUGGACGAGGAGGACGAGGAGGACGAGGAGGCCGCGGCCAGGCGGAGGAAGAAAGUCGCCUCCAAGAGCUACGCGGAGGAGCAGCGGGAGCUCAAGGAGAGCUUCCGGGCCUUCGUGGCGGACAGCGAGGAGGAGGAGGAUGCGGACGGGGGCGAGGGGGGCUCUGCCCUGCUCCGCCGGCGCAGCCGGACCGCGGAGGAGGAGGCCCGCGAGGAGGAGGACUACAUCCGCUGGCUGAAGGGGCAGGGCGACGUCCCCGAGGAGCCGCUGCAGGACCUGGUGCCGCUGCAGCGGUACUGGAACGACCCGGCGCUGGACCCCGGCGAGCGCUUCCUGCGGGACUACGUCCUCAACCGGGGCUACCGCGAGGAGGAGGAGGAGGAGGAGGAGGAGGACGGCGGCGAGGGGGGCCCCGGCGCCAGCCCGGCCGACUCCUCGGACGAGGGCGAGCUCUUCCUGGCCAAGCAGGAGGCCUUCGAGCGCCGCUACAACUUCCGCUUCGAGGAGCCCGACGCCGAGCAGGUGCGGACCUACCCCCGGAGCAUCGCCACGUCGGUGCGGCGCCGCGACGAGCGCCGCAAGGAGAAGCGGGAGCGGGUCCGGGAGAGGAAGAGGAAGGAGAAGCUCCGCAAGCGGGAGGAGCUGAAGCAGCUGAAGAACCUCAAGCGGGAGGAGAUCGCGGCGCGCCUGGCCCGGCUGCGCGAGGCCACCGGCAACGCCGCCGUCGGCUUCUCCGAGCGCCUCCUCCGGGAGGACUUCGACCCGGCCCAGCACGACCGGCUCAUGGAGGAGUUCUUCGGCGACGACUACUACGGCCGCGGGGAGGAGGAGAAGCCGCAGUUCGAGGAGGAGGAGGGUCUGGACGACGAGUGGAACUGGGACACGUGGACCGGCCGGGAUGAAGAGGAGGAGGAGGAGGAGGAGGAGGGCGGCAGCCGCCAGCCGCACUGCGAGGAUCCCGACUUCGUGAUGGACGCGGACUACGACCCCCGGGCCCCCCCCGCCCCCCCCGGGAAGCGGCGGAAGGAGGCGCCGGCGCUGGGGAAGAAGCGGCGGAAGACGCGGUUCAGGGAGGCCGUGGAGCAGGAGAAGCCGGCGUUCGACCCCGCGGCCGGCACCUUCGAGCAGUACCUGGACGAGUAUUACCGGCUCGACUACGAGGACCUGGUGGGCGACCUGCCCUGUCGCUUCAAGUACCGCAGCGUGGUGCCCUGCGACUUCGGCCUCACCACCGACGAGAUCCUGGCGGCUGACGACAAGGAGCUGAACCGCUGGUGCUCCCUGCGCAAGACCUGCAUGUACCGCUCGGAGCGGGAGGAGCGGCAGGACCAGGCCAACUACAGCCGCCGGGCCCAGAACACCUGGAAGAAGCGGCAGAUCCUGAAAUCCCUGUCGGCCACCGCGGAGGAGCCCGAGCCGGCGCCCGCGGCCAAGGCCAAGGCGGGGAAGAAGCGCCGGGACAAGCGGCGGCGGCAGGAGGCACCGGGGGCCGAGCCCCCCCCGGCCGCGGAGCAGCCCCCCCCGACACCCAGCCCGGCGCGGGGGCCUCCGCGGCCCCGGGGGACGGCGCGGCUGGGGGCGGCCGUGCGGCUGGGCGGCCGGGAGUUCUCCGGGAAGCGCCUGGAGGCCUUCGGCCUCAACCCGCGGCGGCUCCGCUACCGGCAGCGGCUCCGGCAGCAGAGGAAGCGGGAGGAGCGGAGGGGGCCGGCGCCCGGCGAAGCCCCCCGGGCCUGAGCCGGGGCCGCGCGUUCGCCUACGCCCGGCCCUUCUCGGCCGCCUUCGUGGAGCCCCCGGCGCCGCCGGCUACGACCUGCUGCUCAGCCGCCUCCGCCUGGAGCCCGCGGCCCUCCGCCGCCUCAUGCCGCCUGGCACCGUCUUCCUCGCCA